AACGAAACAAGAGCAGGACUCAGGAGGGCCUUUCCUGUCUGGCCGCCAUUGCGGCUGGCCGCUGUACUACAAGUUCAACGUGGUAGCGCAGAGCAGCACCCAGCAUAUGAAAUAGAGGGCUGGCAGAGCCCUUUUAGGUUGUGGUCUGUCUCGUCUUUUCGCUUUCAAAGGGCAUGCGAGAUGUGGGACGUUUACAGAAGUAGCCGCUGCGAUUGAGGCAAUUGUGUUAAAUGCUAGAGGGCAGGACACACGGAAGGAACAAUAGCUGCACAGCUCGGACAAUUCUUUAAGAAACCCCUUUCGUAAAGCGCCUUCCUGCCAUGAAGGAGCUCACGUUCACCGCUGAGAUCAGCGGCGUCCCGCCAGAGGUGGUGUUUCAGAUAUUGUACUUCGACAAAGACUUCCUUACUCGGUAUCACACUGAGGUGAAUGGGGAUGCUGAUGCCCGGGCGACCAACUGGAGUGAGGAUGAUACGAGGGUGGUCACCUUCCAGACGCCCGUCAACGCCCCCGCCAUUGUCGCAAAGUGUGUUGGCGCAGACACGCUGCGGGUGCGCGAGGAGCAGGCCAUCACGCACAAGACAAAGGAGCUGUACAUCGUAGAGUCAGUGCCGCGGCUGGACCUCCCGGGGGGGGACCGCUUCAAGACGGGGGGCCAAGUGGAGCUGCGGCCGGCGGGCGGGGACACACCGGGGACGGCCAUCAUCAUGGUGGCACGAAUGGAGUGCGCGCUCUGGCCGCUCGGAUCCAUGAUGGAAAACUUCAUGGGGGAGCAAGCGAAGAAGACCUUUGUGGAGUGGCUGCACAUGCUAAAUGUCAUAUGCCGCGAGAAAGUGGGCAUGUUUGGCGAUAGCAGCGACUCGGAGGAGUACUUCGAUGUUACGGAAGAGUCCUUCCCAGACGAUGCCUUCUCCGACAACGAGAUUGUGGGUGAGGACUCGGACGCUUGGUACUUAAAGACCCUGUUGAAGGAGCUUAGGUCCCUUAGGUGCGUCGCUGAUGCAACCGACGCAAAGCUCGCAAGCCUAGACGUGCGAUUAGGGAAGCUGGAAGACAUGCUCCAGACGAAAGCUCAAGCGAAGAUAGUAUCUUUCGUUCCGAGUCUACCAAGCGCGAGUCUUCUCGGCUGGACGGCCUUAGCAGGGGCAGUUUCGGUCGGAGUCAUCUCCGCGACUCACUUAUAUGUUAGGUCGCAUAGAUUUUGAGCUUCUAAAACAGUUUAAUAUUUACGUUAGUAAGUCAAACCUUUGCUGCUGGCUAGUUAACCCGUUAGUAGCUGAUUGAUGCGCAUCAUAGGAGCUGGCGCUGUUAUACUCUCGUAUGACAAGCGGCAGGAUGGCAACAAGCUAGCCAGAGCUAGGUUUGUAACAUACAUGUUUGGAUCUCAGAUCCCCUGCCAAGGCUGGCAGGCCCGGGCAGUUUAGUCAACUCGCACGAUGGGAUUUGCAUCACCACUCCAACGUAUGAAGUUC